AUGCAACAAAGUACCGAUAGAUCAUCAGUAAUUGGGUUCACAAAUGAAACUAAGCCUAGAGCACUGCAAUGUUUUAAGCAGCAUCUUAAAAGAUGGGGUAGACCUUCAAUUAUAUCUAAUACAAGUUCUGGAUCAUAUGAAUUAGAUAAAUCUCUAACAUCUCAAAAUAUUGAUAUGUGUAUAGUGGAUGUCAGAUAUUAUAAUGGAAAGAUGCCUACUACAAGCUCGCCAUUAUAUAAUCAGUACCCAUAUAAAUUACCUACAAUGAGGAAACGAUGUUCAAGUGAAACAAGUACACGGGCUGUAGAAGAUUGUGAAGAUAAUAUGAAUGAACAAGAUAAAAAUACCAAUAUUACAGAUAGUGGAGUAGCAUGUGAUGUUCCUAUUAUUCAACUCUUUUGUGUAACUAAAUCAGGUUAUAGUAUAUUAGUCAAUGUGCAUGGGUUUUUCCCUUAUAUAUAUUGCGAAGUAUCAAAUAAAUCUAGUCCUAAACCAUCAGCAAUUGUAAAAUCUAUAGAACAACAAUUAGGCAAUUACUCUGAAUAUCAAUCACGAGUUUUAGAUGUUGAAAUUUCAGAAUUUGAAUCAAUAAUGUAUUUUAAGAAGAGUAAGGAAUAUUCUAAUGAUGGUAUAUCUUAUAGUCCAUCACUAUUUUAUAAAAUAACAAUGCUACUACCUAAGAUGAUCCCUACUUGUCGUUCAUUAAUAGAAAAUGGUAAUAUAGAUUGUAUUCCAAUAGCUUAUGAAGCGAAUAUCCCAUUUAUUCUUCGAUUCUUGAUUGAUAAGAAUAUUAGUACUGGUUCAUGGAUUUCUUUAGAUAAAAGUAAAGUAUUUUUGCGAAAUUCAAAUAUGAGUGAAGUAAAUAACUUAACUAAGGAAGUAUAUAAUAUGAGUGACCAAUUAAGUAUUAGUACAGUUCAAAUUGAAUUUGAUGUAUUUCCCGACUGCAUUAAUGUUUAUUCAAGCUCAGGAGAAUGGCUAACUCCACCUCCUGUUCGCAUUUUGUCAUUUGAUAUUGAAUGUGUAAAAAAUAUAGGAACUGGAUUUCCUGAGCCAGAAAAAGAUCCUGUUAUUCAAAUUUCAUCUGUUGUAACAUAUUUAGAUUCUGAAGAGCCUAUUUGCAAUAUAAUAUUUACUCUGAAAGAGUGUGCAGCUGUUGCAGGUGCUUUUGUAUUAUGGUUCGAUAAUGAACAAGAUUUACUACUCGCAUGGAGAGAAUUUAUAAUAUCUAUUGAUCCAGAUAUAUUAACUGGAUAUAAUUGUAUUAAUUUUGAUAUGUUUUAUCUUUUUGAACGCGCCAAAAUAUUUGGCUUAAAAAACUUUUUUUACCUAUCGAGAAUUACAAGUACAAAGAGUGUGAUAAAGUCUACUAGAUUUUCUUCAAAAGCAUUUGGUAUUCAUGAUAGUAAAUCGUUUAAUAUUGAAGGUAGAAUAUUCUGGGAUUUAUUAGAGAGUAUCAGGCGUGAAUAUAAACUUAAAAGUUAUACAUUGAACUAUGUGUCAACAACUUUUUUAAAAGAGCAGAAAGAAGAUGUUCAUUAUUCAAUGAUCCAUAGUUUACAAGAAGGUACACCAGAAACAAGAAAAAGAAUUGCAGUAUACUGUCUUAAAGAUUCACUAUUACCAUUAAGGCUAAUGAAGCAUUUAAAGUUAUUUCCAAAUAUUAUAGAAAUGGCAAGAGUUACAGGAACAACUCUUGAUAUACUACUAAGUAGAGGUCAGCAAAUUAAAGUUACUAGUCAAAUUUUACGUAAAUGUAAAUCACUUAACUUUAUAAUGCCAACCCUAAAACGGAGUGGUGAAAGUGUUGAGGAUCAAUAUGAGGGAGCAACAGUUCUAGAACCAGUUAAGGGUUUUUAUAAAGAUCCUAUUUCAACACUAGAUUUUGCUUCUUUAUAUCCAUCGAUUAUGAUUGCUCAUAACAUAUGUUAUUCAACACUUGUGCCUAGUAAUGAUGCUGAUCAUUUAUCUGAUGAUUUUAAGAGAAAAUCUCCAGCUGGUCACACAUUUGUCUUGUCAUCAGUUAGAAAAGGGAUUCUUCCCCUAAUUGUUGAAGAGCUUAUUUUAGCGAGAAAAAAAGCUAGAAAAGAAAUGUCUGUGACAAAGGAUCCUGUACUUUUAUCAAUAUUGGAUGGUAGACAACUUGCAUUAAAAAUAUCUGCAAAUAGUGUAUAUGGAUAUACUGGUGCAACGACUGGUGGUCAAUUUCCUUGUCUUGAAAUUUCAACCAGUAUUACAUCUUAUGGACGCUCAAUGAUUGACUUUACAAAGAUGGAAGUAGAGAAAAGAUAUAAUAUUGCAAAUGGAUAUAAACACAAUGCUACUGUCAUAUAUGGUGAUACUGAUAGUGUAAUGGUUCAGUUUGGAACAAGUGACAUUUCCGAAGCUAUGGAUUUAGGCUUGAAAGCUGCAACUGAAAUUAGUGAUAUGUUCUUAUCCCCAAUAAGAUUAGAGUUUGAGAAGGUCUAUUGUCCCUUUUUACUCAUGAACAAGAAGAGAUAUGCUGGGGUUUUAUAUAAGAAUUCGGAAACUUAUGAAAAAAUUGAUUGCAAAGGAAUUGAAACUGUCAGACGAGAUAAUUGCUUAUUAGUUCAACAAGUUGCUGAUAUUGUAUUAAAAAAAAUUCUUGUAAACAAAGAUGUUGAAGGUGCUAAGGAAUAUACGCGGAAUAUUAUUGCCGAUCUUCUUAGAAAUAAAGUAGAUCUAUCUUUAUUAGUGGUGAGCAAAAGUUUAGGAAAAGAUGAUUAUACAGCAAAAUUAGCCCAUGUUGAGUUAGCUAAGAAACUCAGACAAAGAGAUCCUGGUUCUGCUCCAAAUGUAGGUGAUCGUGUUUCAUAUAUAAUAAUUCGUGGAUCUAAGGGGCAACCUCAAUAUGAUAGAGCUGAAGAUCCUCUUUAUGUGCUUGAAAAAAACUUGGCUAUUGAUACACAACAUUAUGUUGAUACUAUUAAAGCUUCUUUAAUUCGUAUAUUUGAAGGUGUUAUGAAGGAUCCUGAAAAGUUAUUUGUGGGAAGUCAUACGAGAUCUGUGACAUUACUAAGUUCAACAAAUAGUGCACUCUCUAGUUUUGUUAAGAAAGGUUUGCAAUGUUUAAAUUGUAAAACUUCCGUAAAAGAGGGUGCUCUAUGUAAAAGUUGUAUAAAAAUAGAAAAUCAAGUUAGUGCCUCUCUUAUAUGUAAAUUGCGUGAAUUUAGAGAAAAAGAAGUAGAGUACAAUGCAUUAUGGACUCAAUGUCAAAGAUGUCAAUCAAGUCUAUUCCAAGACAUAAUUUGUACUUCACGAGAUUGUCCAAUAUUUUAUAAAAGAACUAAAGUAAAAAAAGACAUAGCAACAAUUGGUGAACAAUUAGAUAGAUUUAAAAUAGAUUGGUAA